GUAGAGUCAAUUUCAAGCAGGUUACAGCAGUGUCAAACUUCUUCAGAAGAUUACCGAGUACCGAGAAGUUUUCGGUGGUCUAAUAUAAAAAAUCAUAGGCUACUGGUUUUACUGCGCAGUUAAGGUAGGGUUAUAUAUUAGCAUGUUGAUGUAAGAGUGUCACUUAUAGCAAAGUUUCUCUUAUAAUUUCCUUCAUAGCCUAAAGUGUGUAAGUGUAAUGUGUCAACGCAAAACGACGAUGUGCUCUUUUAAGUAGGACAACCGCAGGUUUUAAUUGAUUUGAUAGCUGAUGCUGCUGACAGUGAGAGGUCCUCAAACAUGCGUUAACUAUGAUGUAGAAUAGCUGAAUACGCUGAAACAUUAAAUCGUUUCUUUCGAAAUUACCAUACAUUAAUUGGGUAGGCUUGUGGGAUAGUCUUCCUCGUGGACAUGUUGCUUUCUAAAAGACACCUUAAAAUAGUUAGCUAGGAUAUGAAGAGAGAAAAACAUUCAGAUGAAGUGCCAACCCAGUGAGAGUGAAUUGGAUUUACAGCGACUGAAAGAACAGUUCAACUGUUGCAGUAGGGCCUACUGGUGAAUCACUUUUUCCAUGAAGAUAUUGCUUUACAGGGAAUAUUCAGUCCAAGGGGCGGCAAGAGUGGAGAGUUGUUUCAAUACGGGAGAGCUGGUAGUUUUUGUUUACAAUUUCGUGCGAAUAAACGUUAUAUCCCCGAAAUGUGAGGAGGUGAAGAUGUGUUGUGGAUUUACAGAACAAGAACAUCAAUAGAUUUCAUUGGUCCACCACUCUGGAUACUUGAAAAAGUUUACUUUUGGAAGUCAUAUGUCUGCAUAGUGGAAUGACCGCACCGCGUUAUUUUCUCGGUUCAAAAGACUGUUUUGAAAACCAUGAACAAUUAUUGCGGACUGGGUUUAUUAAAAUUGAUUGGGUGGAAUUUAACGUUCCGUCGAGGAAUGUUAACGGGACUGUAGACUGGAGCUAAGCAGUGCAUUUGGGAAGCGCGCUCAUGGAACUUCAGGUGGUAUGUGGACUGCUCUACUGCUUUCUGUUGCCGACGUUCUUGUUAGCAGCCUGCCUGUUUCGCUACAAUGGUCUGUCUCUGGUCUACCUGCUCUACCUGCUGCUACUGCCAUGGUUCCUGUGGCCUAACAAACACACACUACGAGGACAUACUGGACGCUUCAUCAAGGCUCUGUUCUGCACCAGUCUUCUCUUCCUGCUAGCCCAUGUCUCCUUCCAGAUCUGUCUGUACACUAUCCCUGACCUGGACCAUGCACUGGGACACAACUGUAGCUUGUGGGAGACGCUAUCGAGGCAUGUUGGUGUAUCCAGGCUGCCCCUGGAUGACGUGUGGAGUGUGGUGCAUCUGCUGACCCCUGACCUGGGGGUGUUUGUGAUCUCCCUGGUUACCCUGGUGGUGUGUAACCGGCUGGUCAAGAAGAGAGAUGACGUCACUGUCCUGCCCGUAGCCUCAGACUCCACACAGGGGACAGAGGAUGGGUCGGAGACAAAGGAGGGUGAAGAGGAGGAGGAGGAAGAGGAGGGAGAUGAGGAAGGCAUGUCGUCUCCCAGUGAUCCUGGGAUGCCGGUUUCCGCGGCAACUCGUGCCAAGCAGCUGGCGGCCCGGCUCCGAGCCACAGCCCAGAAGGUCCUGAGGGACCUGGGCCGGAUCCUGGCCAUCACCCUGCUGGCCCUGGCUGGCAUCACGUUACCCUCGGCCUUCUCUGCAAUCUACUUCCUGCUGUUCAUCGGCGUGUGCACAUGGUGGGCCUGCCACUUUCCCAUCAGCCACCUAGGCUUCAACGUGCUGUGUGUGAUGGUGGGCUUUUUCACGGCGGGCCACCUGGUGUGUCUCUACUUGUACCAGUGCCCCAUUGCCCAGGGCAUCUUGCCCCCUGCCAGCCUGUGGGCCAGACUGUUUGGCCUCAAGGAUAUCGUCAAACCUGGCAACUGCUCCGCCUCCUAUGACCUCAUCUUCAACACGGAGCAUGAUUGGCCUGUGUAUGUCAACCCCGGGAUCCUGCUUCUCCUGUACAUCACCAUGGCAAUGGUCCUGAAGAUCAGCAGCCACCAUAGAUCAGCUGACAAGGGUGAGGAGGGGGCCCAGCUGGUCAAAGGAACAGAGGCUGGAGGAGGAGAGGAGGUGGAACUGAAGCCCUGGUCCGCUCAGAGACGACCCAGCCAGGACGACACUGAGCACAUGCUUCUGUCUAUUGGGGAGUCUAUGGAGAGCACAGGAGAUGGCGUCACCAAUGGCUCCAGUCAUCAGGACUUGGGCCCAGGGCUCAGUAGCGCCCCUGAUGGACAGCAUGGGGACCACCCUCUGCACCUGCUGGGUAGAGUGGUCAUGCAGCAGAGCUACGUGUGUGCUCUCAUCGCCAUGAUGGUGUGGAGCAUCACCUACCACAGCUGGCUGACGUUUGUGCUGCUGCUGUGGGCGUGUCUGAUCUGGAUGAUGCGUGCGAGGCGCCACUUCGCCACGCUGUGCUCUCCCUUCAUCCUGCUCUACGGCCUGGCCCUCUGCUUCCUGCAGUACGUCUGGGCCAUGGAGCUGCAGCCGGAGCUGCCCCGUACCGUGGGCACCAUGAGCCUCAGGCAGCUGGGUCUGGACCGAGCCCAGUACCCCUGCCUCCGCCUGGGGGCCAUGCUGCUGUACACACUGACGUUCUGGCUGCUCCUGCGCCAGUCAGUGAAGGACAACUUCAGCAGGAAGAAGAGCAGGUCUGCCCCUCUACAGGAGGUCACCACUGGAGAGGAGAGCGGGCGGAACGAGUCGGUUCUGAAGUUUGUGGGCAGACUGGUGAUGAGCUGCUAUGCCAAGUACUGGAUCUACGUGUGUGGAGGCAUGUUCAUCAUGGUCAGCUUCGCUGGCAAGCUGGUGGGCUACAAGAUCAUCUACAUGCUGCUCUUCCUGCUUUGCCUCUGUCUCUACCAGGUGUACUACUCUCUGUGGAGGAGGCUGCUCAAGGCCUUCUGGUGGCUGGUAGUGGCCUACACCAUGCUGGUGCUCAUCACCAUCUAUACCUUCCAGUUUGAGGACUUCCCUGCCUACUGGAAGAACUUCACCGGCUUCACUGAACAGCAGCUGGCUGACAUCGGCCUGGAGACCUUUAAGCUGACCGAGUUGUUCACCAGCAUCCUGAUCCCAGGCUUCUUCCUGCUGGCCUGCAUCCUGCAGCUUCACUACUUUCACAGACCCUUCAUGAGGAUCACAGACCUGGACCACGUCACGCCCAUACACAGGAAGAAGAAGAGCCACAGACCAGAGGUCCUCCACUGUGCUGAUGGGGCUGUGUUUGAGGAGGAAGAACUGGUGACAGAUCUGGGGGAUGACGAAUCAGAGGAUGAUGAGAUGAUGCCCAGUAAGUGGGGUUUGGUGGUGAACAGGCUGAUGGUUCUGUUCAGGAAGUUCUCUGACACACUGACCCAGAUCCAAGUGUUAAUCUGGAGGGUCCUGGAGCUGCACAUCCUCAAGAUGGUGGCCUUUUUUGUGGUCUGGGUGGCUCUGGGAGAGCCGUCUGUGAUGAACCUGGUUCUGGUGGUGCUCUGGGCGUUUGCCAUGCCUUACUCCCGCUUCCGCCACAUGGCCUCCUGUCUGUCCACCGUCUGGGUCUGCAUCAUCAUCGUCUGCAAGAUGCUCUACCAGCUCAGCAUCGUCGACCCUGUCGAGUACACCAACAACUGCACUGUGCCCUUGGCCAAUGAAACCAAUCUGAAAGAUUCUGAGGUCCUGAACUCCACUCUGUACAGAGAGCCUGUAGACCCGGCCAACUGGUUUGGCUUCAGGAAGGAUGCCACCGUACUGGGCUAUAGCAAGAACCACCUGCUGGUGCUGAUGCUGCUGGUGUUUGAGGCCACAGUGAACCGCCACCAGGCCCACCACUACAGGCAGCAGCAGAGGUCCCCUCCCCUCAUCCCAGCCAUCUUCCCCCAGGCCACCAGAGACACCCUGGACCAGGGCCUGCUGGCCUGCAUCAAGUACCUACUCAACUACAGCUUCUACAAGUUUGGCCUGGAGAUCUGCUUCCUGAUGACGGUGAAUGUGAUUGGCCAACGGAUGAACUUCCUAGUCAUAAUCCAUAGCUGUUGGCUGGUGGCCAUCAUGGUACGGCGUCGCCGGGCGGCUAUCGCUCAGAUCUGGCCCAAAUACUGCCUGUUCCUCAGCAUCUUCAUGAUCUACCAGUACAUACUGUGUGUGGGCAUUCCCCCUGCACUCUGUAUAGACUACCCCUGGCGAUGGAACACCCCCAUCAUAAUCAACUCGGCGCUCAUCAAAUGGAUCUACCUGCCAGACUUCUACACCAUCCCCAACUCCAAGAACCUCAUUGCGGACUUUGUCCUCCUGAUGUGUGCCUCCCAGCAGUGGAAGGUGUUUGAGGAUGAGAAGAGGGAGGAGUGGAUGGUUCUGGCUGGGGAGAACACAGACGACCCUAACCCCAUGGACGAGCGACCUUUCAAUCCUGCCCCCAACUUCAUCAACUGCAGGUGUUACCUGGACAUGGCCAAGGUGCUGGUGUUCCGUCACAUGUUCUGGUUUGUCUUGUCGGUGGUGUUUGUGACGGGGGCCACCAGGAUCAGUGUGUUCGGCCUGGGUUACCUGCUGGCCUGCUUCUUCUUCCUGCUCUUCGGCACCAAGCUGCUCAGGAAGCCCUCCCGCACGCGCCUGGUCAUGUGGGACUGCCUCAUCAUCUACAACGUGGCCGUAAUCAUCUCCAAGAACAUGCUGUCUAUCUUGGCCUGUGUGUUUGUGGUGGAGAUGCAGAAAAGUUUCUGCUGGGUGAUCCAACUCUUCAGUCUGGUCUGCACAGUCAAGGGCUACUACGACCCUAAGAGUGUCAGUGAUAAGGCGUGUACUCUGCCUGUAGAGGAGGCAGGGAUCAUCUGGGACAGUAUCUGCUUCUUCUUCCUCCUGCUGCAGAGGAGAGUGUUCCUCAGCUGCUACUUCCUGCAUGUGACAGCCGACCUGCAGGCCUCUGCCCGCCAAGCCUCCCGGGGCUUUGAGCUGUUCAGGGCCAGCAUUGUGAAGAACAUGCGCUUCCACCAGGAAGUAGAGAAGAAGUCCCUCUCGCAGCUCAAGAGAUCGAUGGAACGGAUCCGCUCCAAACAGGAGAAGUGUAAAGAGGGCCGUCGGAAGUCAGACACCAAGGCGGAUCCGGCAUCAGAGCCACAGAGGGAAAAGAGGAGCCACAAGCGUGGCAAGAAGUGGCAAGAGCCCUGGCUGGACCAUGCUAAAGUGUUGCAUUCUGGAGAUUACUACCUGUUUGAGUCGGACAGUGAGGAGGAAGAAGAACUAUUUUCAGAAGAAAAAAAGCCUCAGAAACAGACUGCCUUUCAGCUGGCGUACCGGGCGUGGGUGACCAGCGCCAAGGCAACGCUGAGAGAACGCCAGGAGAGACAGAAAGAACAGAGGAGGCUGGAAAGAGAGGAGAGACAGCAGAGGGAACAGGACAGCUCUCCAGCAUCAGGUCAUGAAGGUAGUGUUGAAUUUGAUGAAAGUAUCUCACACGAAGAGAUAGAUGACAAUGACGAACUUGAAGGAGAGGGCUCAGGGAAGGCAGACAUCGUGCAGAGGAUCCUGGACAUCUUCAUGUUGCUGUGGAUCGUGUUCCUGGCCAUGGUGGACGGCCUAACGGAGUGGCUCAACCUCAUCACCAAGCAGUACGUGGACACCUCCACUGUGCUGUGCAACGAACGCUACCUCCUCAUACACAACGUCAGCCAGGGGCCUCUGAGGGAGCCUAUGGAGGAUCAGCUGUCCCAGGGCAGCGAGAGCCCCACUAUGGAGACAUGUCUGGGAGACGCAGAGGGAGACACAGACCACGUGAAUAGAACCAGUGCCACCAGUGGGUUGGAGCUGGAGGAGCUGAGCGAGCGUGAGCGUCACAGCGGCACCACCCUGUGUUGUUCAGAGCCCACUCUGGAGCUGCUGGGGGAGGAGCCAGAACCACAGCACAAAAGCCACUACCGCCACUCCAGGACCGCCAGUGAGAUGCUCACUGACAGGCAGUUCUUUGUGGAGGAGUUGGUCCAGUGUAGAGAGUUCUACUCCUCUCAGAACCGCCUGCUGAAGCUGCAGUUUGCCCUGUACAACCUCCUGGCUGCCAACUCCGAGCUGGUGUGCUACUUCAUCAUCGUGCUCAACAACAUGGUGACGGCCUCCGUCAUCUCAGUGGUGCUGCCCAUCCUCAUCUUCCUCUGGGCAAUGCUGGCCGUGCCACGCCCCACCAAGAAGUUCUGGAUGACCGCUAUUGUCUACACUGAGGUCAUGGUGGUGGUUAAGUACCUGUUCCAGUUUGGUUUCUUCCCGUGGAACAGUGUAUAUGAGCUCACACUGAACGAGGACAAGCCUUUCUUCCCUCCUCGUAUCCUGGGCCUGGAGAAAACUGAUAACUACAUCCGCUAUGAUCUGCUGCAGCUGCUGGUUCUCUUCUUCCAUCGCUCACUGCUACAGCGGUAUGGCCUGUGGGACCAGGAGUGUGCUCUGGAGGAGAAGCCCUCUCGGCCAUCAGAGGAGGCCAACAAGAAGGAGGAAGGAGAAGGGGGGAGGAGGUGGAGGUCCAUCCCACACCAGCUUAGCCCCCACCCCAGAGCCAGCCUGCCUGUGGAGGGACCCAAGAAGAAGGGCAGCAUCAUGCGCUUCCGCAAGAAAAAACAACUAAGCAAAGAAGCCUUAGAUAUCAAGGCUGAGAAGAAGGCGCAGAAGAAGAAGCAGAAGGGUAAACGUAGAGAGGCAGCCAGUAAGAAGCUGAUAGCAGUGGGAGAGAAGAUCAAGCACCUCACCAUCACCGCUGUGCGAAAUGUCUACAAGCCUUGUCACGAAUUCUUCAGCGACAUCUUACAUGCACCGUACCGUGCUGCCACUGAUGUCUACGCCCUCAUGUUCCUCACUGACGUGGUGGAUUUCAUAAUCAUUGUCUUCGGUUUCUGGGCCUUUGGAAAACACUCAGCCGCAGCAGACAUUGCUUCCACGCUGUCAGAGGACCAGGUGCCCGAGGCCUUCCUAGUGAUGCUGCUCAUCCAGUUCAGCACCAUGAUCAUCGACCGAGCCCUCUACCUCCGCAAGACCGUCCUGGGGAAGCUCAUCUUCCAGAUCAUCCUGGUGUUCGGCAUCCACCUCUGGAUGUUCUUCAUCCUGCCUGCUGUCACUGAGAGGAUGUUCAGUCAAAACUCGGUGGCUCAGCUCUGGUACUUUUUCAAGUGUAUCUACUUUGCCCUGUCGGCCUAUCAGAUCCGCUGUGGCUACCCCACCCGAAUCCUGGGCAACUUCCUCACUAAGAAGUUCAACCACCUCAACCUCUUCCUCUUCCAGGGGUUCCGCUUGGUGCCUUUCCUGGUGGAGCUCCGGGCAGUGAUGGACUGGGUGUGGACUGACACCACUCUGUCCCUCUCCAACUGGAUGUGUGUGGAAGACAUCUACGCCAACAUCUUCAUCAUCAAGUGUAGCCGUGAGACAGAGAAGAAAUACCCUCAGCCCAAAGGCCAGAAGAAGAAGAAGAUAGUGAAGUAUGGGAUGGGAGGACUCAUCAUCUUCUUCCUCAUCUGCAUCAUCUGGUUCCCGCUGCUCUUCAUCUCAUUGGUCAGAUCGGUUGUGGGCGUGGUCAAUCACCCUGUGGAUGUCACAGUGACCGUCAAGCUGGGAGGAUAUGAGCCCUUGUUCACCAUGAGUGUCCAGCAGCAGUCCAUUCAGUCCUUCACUGAGGAGGACUACAACAAACUCACCACCAACUUCUAUGACAAUGCUAGGGCUAUGCAGUUCAUCACCCUCUACAGCUAUGAGGACAUAGUGACAGCUAAUAUCGAGGGUAGCUCCGGGUCAGUGUGGAGGAUCAGCCCACCUAGUCGACAGGAGGUGGUCAAGGAGCUGCUGGGCAGCCCUGUGGACAUGACCCUACGCCUGGCCUGGACCUUUCAGAGGGACCUUGGCAAGGGUGGCACUGUGGAGCACACGUCUGACAAGUACUCCAUCGAUCUGGAACCAGGCAACCCAGUCAGAGCAGACCUUGCUUCACUGCUAGUGGGGAACCGCACAGACCCAGUACGUGUGCCUCACAUGUUCCCCAACUAUAUCCGAGCACCGAACGGAGCCGAGGCCAAACCAGUCGACCAGCUGUAUAAAGGUGACGAGGAGGGCUACCAGGAUGUAACCCUGUCUCUGAUGAGGGACCGCUCUCUGAACAGCACCCGUGGGGCCCAGGAGUGGUGGGACAUCAGCAUCGCCGACUGUCCUCCGUCCACAGGGGAUUGCGGCGUCCUGCCCAUGGUCAUCUUCAACGACAAAGUCAGCCCCCCCAGCUUAGGUUUCCUGGCAGGAUAUGGGAUCAUGGGUCUGUACGUGUCGGUGGUGCUGGUGAUUGGGAAGUUUGUGAGGGGCUUCUUCAGUGAGAUCUCUCACUCCAUUAUGUUUGAGGAGCUGCCCUGUGUUAACCGUAUCCUCAAGCUGUGCACAGACAUCUUCCUGGUCAGGGAGACCGGAGAGCUAGAGCUGGAGGAGGAGCUCUACUCCAAACUCAUCUUCCUCUACCGCUCACCAGAGACCAUGAUUAAGUGGACAAGAGACAAGCUAUCAAGUGACAAUCGCUAGCCUCCCCCCUGGCUGUGCUGUCCCAUCACAUCCAGAGCACCCCUGGCUAGGGCUGUCUGACACACAGGGGUGCCUCUACCUGGUCUUCCUCUAACAGACCCAAUGCUAGCUCCAGUGGGUCUAUUUUCGCUGUGCACUAACCCCUCCUCUUAGCCAGGGGGAAAGGGAUGUUUUGUCUGUUUCUGUACACUGAGAGUACUAUUUGCCUCUGCUGCUGGACCGUACUGAGACAGAGAGCCAGAGGCUGUGUGGCAGCCAAGGGUCUGCUCCAGUGCCCCUCCCCUGGUUAUGGAAGGUUUGGCUAAGCCUCUCCAAUCAGAAGGGCAGGUUAGAUGCUUUGCACUUUGACCACAGACUAAAGCCAGUCUCCCUUGUCUUAUUGCUUGGGUUCCAACAGAAAGAUUGGCUUCUGAAUGAGAAGGUGUGAUGGCCGGGUCGACCUACAGACACUACCCCGUAAUGAAGAGCCAGGCCCCCUGACAGGUCACAGGCUGGAUCCUCACUACACUGACCAGCACAGUGUGGACUAAUGCAGCCCCAAAGGGGACAAUUUGAGAGAAAAAGGGCCUAAAGUAGGGUGUUUGUUUCCAAUCAAAACACUAUUAGAUCAUAUUCAGCCAAAUCUCUGAAUCUUACUCAAACUGUUGACAAAUUGAAAUGCUUCAAUUGGGAGGAAAGCUAACUUUGUACAUUGCAACAAGUUACAGGCUUAUUGAUGGCAAGACUUGAAUCUUGUAAAAAGUGUAAAAUACGUUGUGGUUAAAUGACAGAGUAUAGCAACACUGUUCAGAGUAAAGACUGAACCAUACUAAAUGUCUCCAUGCUGGAAUAUUGCAUAAGGCAACAUUAGCCCCAUCUCUGGAAAAUGUCAUGCUGGAGUAGUUUCAUAAAUUGUGACACUAUACAGAACACACAGCUACCAUUGUGCCUUAAAUCAUAUUUUGUUCUGAAUGGUUACAAUAUGGUUCAACCAUUGCUUGAGCAGUUGCCAAUAUGCACAAACCUAAAUGCACAAACUUAAAACCAAAACAUUUCCUAACUUUAAUAAACAUGUUAUACUUUAUUGCCAAAUGUUCGCUCUCAUUUUCAGAGAACCCGGGUGAUGCUGAUGGGAGUCCUAAUGUAGAACCCAUGUAGGUUGUUGCUGUGGGAUCUCUGUUGUGGAAGAAUAACCAUAUUUCUAUUUCCAAUACAAUGUGAUUCAGCUCCUAAACCAAUGAAAAUAUUGUUAAUGUGUACAAAUAAAUGAUCAUUCUCAUUCCUGA